AUGAACUCUACACUCAAGAUAGCAAAUGUCCAAGCACAAGAUGUGGCGUUUCAACACAACCUCCUCAGCUAUCUCUUUGGGUUACUCAUAACCACAUAUAUCGUAUGGCAGUAUGUUCUACGAACAGGAGUGAUGGAGAGUGCUGGCUCAGAACCCCCGAUGCUACCAUACUGGAUACCAGUCUUGGGCCACACAUUCUCGUUUCUGACAAACAAUCACAAUACUAUCAUGUCUGGAAGAUCGCACCUUAACAGUGGCACUCAGCCUUUCAGCCUGUUGAUCGGUGGCCGUCGCACAUAUAUUGUUAUCGACCCUCGCUGCCUCGGCGAGGUCUUUAAAAAGACCAAAGACCUUGUAUAUGAACCAUUUAUUGAGAAUUUGAUGACCUGUAUUGGUGUCACUCCAACGACCAGAGAUAUCAUGUUGAACGCCAAGAAUGGAGAGCCUUCUCCUCCGUUAGCUAACUUUGUCUUGGACUGGGUGCGAGAACACAUGUCGCCAAGUCCCUCGUCACAACCUUUCUUUGACAAGUUGAUGACGGAGCUGGACCAUGGUCUACAACAGGGAAGUCCACUAACCAACGGAGGAGAAAGUGAGCACAACAUGCUCAAGUUCGUUGAAACUAUUAUUAUUACGGUCUCCGCGAACAACUUCUUUGGUAAAGUCUUACUGCAACAAUCUCCCGAAAUACUGCAUUCGUUCCCCAUUUUUGAUCGCCAUGCAUGGGAGAUGAUAUUCCGAGCGCCAACGUUCAUAUUCAAUACUGCUCACAACGCAAAGAGUUUGGUCAUUGAUGGUUUAACAAAAUACCUUGAGCUACCACAGAGCGAAAGACAGGAUUCUGCAUCUUUUAUCUUAAAGCCAGAAGAUGCCAUGCGCAAGAAUGGAAUUGGUUCUCGAGACAUCGCCGGGAUGGUCUUUAAGCUUUUUUGGGGGAUCAAUGGCAGCCCUUCUAUAAUUGCAUUUUGGCUGCUUGCCCGAACAGUCUACACUCCCAAUCUCUGGGAAGACAUCAAAACUGAAGUCGCUCCUGCUUUCAAAAAUGGUAUUCACAGUCCGCCCGACAUCGAGUACCUAAAGGGAUGUCCGAAGCUCAACGCGACAUUCUACGAAACGUUGCGUGUCCAUGGAGGCGCAGCUGGUUUCCGUAGCGUGGCGUCAGACACUGUUAUCGGAGGCUUCACUUUCAAAGCUGGAAGCGAUGUCCUCAUGCCGUAUCGUCAGAUGCACCUAGAUGAAGAGGUAUGGGGUCAAGACGCCAAAACGUUCGACAUCAGUAGGUUCAUCGACAAUCCGAAACUUGCUGCAGCGAAAACUUUCAAGCCGUUUGGUGGUGGUACGACGUUAUGUCCCGGCAGAUUCCACGCACGUCACACUGCAUUGAGCUUUAUCGCUACUAUUGUCAGGAGAUAUAACAUUGAGGUUGUUGGUUGCUGCGAGAGUCAACCUUUUUACAAGAUGAACACCAGAGGUUCCGAGGUAGGCGUUAUUUAUCCAGUGUUGAAGCAUGUUCCCAAGAUCAUAGUCAAAAAUGUUGAUAUUGAAUGA